GUGGGAUGAACUCAGUCUUUAUUAGAAGCAAACAGAGCACUUCAGCUACUGAAGCUUAGACAAGGCAAUGUCCCGGGCAAGUCAGGUCUGGAUUAAAGAACAAGUUCAGUGAAGUGCUCAUAAAGCAAAGGAAAUCUGGCAAGAGAGUCAAGGGAGUGCAACUGAACAUAUAGGUGGCAGUGGUUGAGCAGAUUAAAGGAAUAAAGGCAGGAGUUGAACAAAGGAGCAAAAGCACAAGGGACAUUCAAGGAGCAGACUGUGACAACUACAAGAAACACCACUAGAUUUGACCAAAUAUCACUAAAAGUGUUUGAUUUGGUCUCUUACAUCAACGCAGUAAUUGAAAAUGGUUUGUUAACAUCACAUUGCUGGAGAGAGAAAAACAAAUAAAAAGAAAGAAAAAUUAAAGAAGACCAUAUGAAAGAUGAUCCUGGCGCAACAAGUGGAGUUUGGGGAAGACAAGUGACGCUCCAACAUGAUCUUCAUCUUCAACCCCCACAGUCAGUGUUAGUCUGACCGCCCACAGUCCAUCAGGGGGAGGAGGAGGAGACGAGGGAGGGAGAAAGUACUGCUUUGUGAAUGAGCGGAUCGGCGAAGAGGAGAAAAACUGAACUUUACUCCUAUUAUUCCUGCAGCGUUUGGCCGCGGAGGUGUCCGUGUACUAGCCGGUGCAGAGAGGAGCAGAGCAGGAUUCACAUAUUUCAGAGAAGCUGUAAAUCAUGGCGGUGCCUUUGGCCUGUGUGGUCUGUCUGUGCCUGUUGGUGGUCGUUACAUGCGAGCCCUGCCUCAUCAUCAGCGAAAUCAAUGCCGACAACCCCAGACUGGACACCACUGAGUUUGUGGAGCUGUAUCACACCAGUGGACAACGGGCUACACUGGACGGCUACACGCUUGUUUUUUACAAUGGAAAUGGAAAUGUAGCCUAUAAGGUGUUGGAUCUCAAAGGCCACAGCACAGAUGACAGAGGGUUCUUCCUGGUGGGCUCAGUGGACAUGAUGCCCAAACCUGCCAUCCCCCUGCCUCCCAACACUGUUCAGAACGGUCCAGAUGCCAUCGUUCUGUACCACACAUCUGCUGCCCGCUACAGUGAGAAGAUGAACGUAACCUCCGUAGGAAUGGUGGACGCCAUUGUGUACAUGACCCGCCGAACCGGGGGCGCGGAAAUCCUUGCAGAAAUUCUGACACCUGGAGAACAGGCGUUUGUGGAGGACGAAACAGCACUUGAGGGGGACGAGUCGAUCGAGAGGUGCCUGCUCUCCGAGGAUCGCUGGGGCUUUCAGGUGUCAUCACCAUCGCCUGGUCAGCGAAACAACUGCACCCCGCCUGCAGCUCCAGUAACCAGUCCAGUCAUCACUGAGUUGAGGCUGGGGGGAGGGCAGGUGGAGGGGUUUGUGGAGUUCUCAGAUGCUCCAGCUGCUGGUCCUCUGGUGCUGGUGGUGUUGGACGGGAGAACAGACACAGUCAGUGUGAGCAUGGAUGUGAAUGUUGAGGCUUCCAGGAAUCUUUUGGUCUCCAUGACUAUAGAGAAAAAGUACAUGAAAGGAGAUGAGUCUGGAGCAGUGGCCAUUUACAGCGGCAGAGCUUCAGACUUCCCUGUGGGCAGUUCUCUGAGCCAGAUACAGCCUUUAGAUGCCUUUGUGUUCGCAGGGCCUGGAAAAAAGCCUAGCGCCAACCUCACAGAGACUCUCAUCCCUGGCAGACAGCCUUACCAACUCAGCAACAGUCUGAGAGAGGGAGGUUUCUACCUAAGUCGCUGUGGCGUGGCCUCCUGGUCCAGAGAUCCUGGUGCCUUCUGGGAGGCUCCACAAACACCUGGACUCCCCAACCAGUGUCCGUGGCCUAAGAUCUGCCCUUACAGUUUUGUGAAUCCAGGAGGCACCGAUUCACCACCUCACCUCCCACCAUGGGGCAACAGUGACUUCCUGAUCAACGAGGUGAACACGGACACACCAGGGACAGCCGAGGACGGGGAGUACAUCGAGCUUUGGCACCCAUCAGGACGCCGGGUCUCACUUCAGGGAAUCUGGAUUCUAUUAUUCAGCGCACACAACAAUAAACCGUACAGAGAGAUCAGCCUCAGUGGACACUUCACCACCUCCAAGGGUUACUUCCUGUUGGGCAGUGAUAGGUUAGUCCCAGCUCCUUCACUCCGCCUGCCUCCCAACACCAUCCAGAAUGGGCCGGAUGCCAUGGCGUUGUACCGCAGCCCUUUUGGGCCACCUUCAGCUACACAGAGAGGGAUCCCCACCAAAGGCCUGUUAGAUGCAGUGGUGUACCGCCAGAGAGGGUCAGACAAGGAGGCUCAGGAGCUGAGCAAAGCUCUGACACCAGGACAACUGCCUCUGCUGGAGGAUCCUGAAGUUCUGCCUGGUGACGAGUCUCUGAGUCGCUGUAGAGGACUUUACCCCUUCGACCUGUCUGCCUUUUCUGUGGCUCCUCCCACACCUCUGAGGGACAACAGCUGUCCACGCCCAUCUCCCGCACCUGAAGGUGUGGUCAUCAAUGAAGUAGCCAGUGAAAGCUGGACCCAUCACAGCAACCAGAGGGCUUUCGUGGAGCUGCACGGUCCUCCUCUGACUGAGCUGCGAGGCUUGUUGUUGUCAGUGUUUGACCAGGAGCGCAGCGGCACGGUUAUGGCUCUGCCCCUGACUGGAUCAAUCAAUACAGAUGGAUUUUAUGUUAUUGGAAAUGUCAGUGGGGCAGAUCAGACGUUUCCUGAAGGUUCCACGGUUCCAGAGCGAGGAGCAGUGGUUCUGUGCUACGACCUCUUCAGUAUCUGCAGAGCGGGCACGGCCUUGACCAACUCCAGCCUCCGAGACGUGCUGGUGUUCAGUGACAACAGGAAACUGCUCUCCUCCCUGCCCACCAAUAGAGGGAGCCCUGUUCUUCCAGCACACAGAUCAGUAGAAGACGGCAUUGUCUCCCUAGGCCGGUGUUCAUGCUGUGAAGUGAGAAGCCCCUACUCCUGGACCACCUCCUCCCAAACUCCUUUUUACCCCAAUCUGUGUCCGAGUCCUGCCUUUUCAAGUCACAUCAACCUUUGCAUUGGUCCUCUGUCCACGGAGCACUCAGGAGACUGCAGUAGCGGUCUGAUCCAGGUGAUGUGGGUCACUGCAGCGGCUGACUACCUGGAGAGGAGGUGCCACUGUGGGAUCUCCCCCUUCCAUCUAGAGGAAACCAACUUCUCAUGUGCGUCUGAUUGGCUGCGAGUGUGGGGAAACAUCCAGGCUCUGUCUAACCAUCAGAAGGCCCUCAUCAUUGAGGCUUCGCACACGGAUCCUUCACAGGACAUGUGCUCUUCACCCACAACAGAUCGUUAUAAGAGCUCAGCAUCAACCCUGGGUCUACAAAUCGGCUUGAUUAUAUCACUCCUUCUGCUGCUGGGAUUAGGAGCUGCUCUUUUCACCUACUUCUACAGGAGGAGGCGUCCUCUGGAUUAUUACACCAUGGAGUUGAAUGAGCACGCAGAAGGACUAUCGGAUCUAUAAUUCAGGUCUGCGAUCACUGCGUCUGCCUCUGGAGGUUCUCUCACAUGUUGGAGGAUUUCUGCAGAGACACAAAGGCAUUGUGAUUAUUGAGUAGUCCCCACAGGUUCAUUUGACCUGCUCCCAGUGAUUCUGUGCUUGUUUGGUGGCUGCCCUGAACAACAAGUGUCCUUCCCAGUUUACUGUCUGAGAAAUGACUUGUCGUUGUCUGUUUUUGCGGCAUCUUCUGGACCCCCUAAUAGACAGUCAGCGACAGGACAUCCCAUUUGGGCCUGAGUAGAAUUCUGAGGACGUGUGAAGGUAAAGUGUUUACUGUACAGCAACUGCUGGCCACUACUUUAUAAAGAUUGUAAAGGGAGGUUUUAUUCUAAAUACUUGAGUAUUACGUGGUUCAUUUUGUUGACUUGUGUAUGUUACUGUGGAGCACAGUCUGUCAGUGUAAAUAUGAUAUUAUUUUCACUUUUCUUGGUUUUAAAAGGUCUUAUUCGGGAUGAUCUGACUAGUACUCACAUCUUUUAUUCAGAAUUAGAUACGGUUCUGAUGGUUCUACUAGUCCGAUUAAGACCCAUGACUCCCACAAGCAGGUGUGUCCAAUGUUUGGCACUGAGCCCAUUUGAUUUUUGAUUCAUUUGAUUAACAGUUACACCUUAAAGUCCAUUCGUAUUGAUUAAUCCUGACACCCCCCCCCCAACCCCCAUUGACAUAUAUUUGUUAUGUUUUGAAUGGUAACUAUCUUUCUUUGAGAAAAGGACAACAGAAAAAUGAAAUGUCAAACAUACACUUUGACUUGUUCAUUCAGAAUAACUUGCCUUUUAUCCUUAAUGCUGAAUGCACUCGUUUGGAAGAGUACUUUUUGGGAACGUUUAGCUGUUUCAUGGGCAAAUCUUCAGCAAUAUUUUUUAGCACAUUAGGGAUAUUUAGUCCAUAUUAUGGCUACUUCUUAUCUUCUGGUUAAUGUUAAACAUUUUAAUUCUCCCUGCUGUCUUCUGCCAACUUUAAGCUAAUUAAUUUAGCACUUGGGUUUUUCCACAUAGUUGUGUAAUGUUUUGGCUAAUUUAAAAAGAAUAAUUAAUUUAGAGUGGCAUUAGGGUUUUUUCUUUCAGUGCUGUUGUACUUAGAGACCUUAAAGAUGUGCUCUUAUGUACAAAAUAACAUAUAUAUGUAUAUAUAUAUAGUCAUAUACAGAACUGUGUUUUACUACUGACAUGUUUCUGGCUGACAUGCGAGCAGUUAGCAUGCAAGCCACAAACAUCCCACCAAUCCAACAGCUGUGUCCUAUACAUAUAUUCAUUAAAUCUGCCCCCUUAAAAAUAUUUUUAGAAAAGGACAUUUUGGAUUCUUCGACUACAGAGUCUUGAGUUUCAUUUUUGUUUUAUGUGAAUGACUAACCUGCGAUUGUUUAUAACCACUUGUUUCUGCUUUCUUAGCCCCUGUUUAUUUUUCUCGAAUGAAAUAUAUAUGAACAUGCAAAAUGGUGUUUUGUUAAAUGAUGUAAUUUUUUUUUGUUUGUCAUUAGUUUGGAAGAAAGAAAUUAGACCUUUUGAUGUGUAACCUGUCCACAGUGGCUCAGACAUCUCUACUGUUGCUUUUUUACUACUUAUUAUAAGUGAAAAAUGAGAUGAAAAUGUAUAAAUGGAUUGUUUUACAGUGGAGUCCAUAUUGAAAUGAAAUAUCAAAUCUACUAAGACCUAAAGUGCCAUUAAAUAAACACAAACGUUAUCCUUAAAAA